UCAUCCCGUCAGGUGGCAGCACACCACAAACCACCGACAGAACCGAAGGAACCAAAUCGAAACUCCUCAAUGAGUUCACCUUCAUAUAAAUAGUUUGGUCCCCCCUCCUCUGAAGAUCGCUCGCUGUCUUGACAAAAUGAAUGGCUCUCUGCCCUCCUCACCCAACGUGGUGGACAUAACACUGAAGCGAGGAUCGGCAGGCUUGGGAUUCAACAUAGUCGGGGGCGUGGACCAGCAGUAUGUAGUGGCUGACAGCGGCAUAUACGUGUCCAAAAUUAAAGAAGAUGGAGCCGCUGCGUUGGACGGAAGACUCCAAGAGGGGGACAAGAUCCUGGCGAUCAACGGAAUUAAGCUGGAGAAUCUGGCACAUCAAGCUACAGUCGAGCUGUUCAGGACAGCAGGGGAGGACGUGGUGCUCCGGGUUCUGAAAAAGUUUCCCCAACACAUGAACGGACCCACAGGCUCACAACCCGAGCACAAAUCUCCAGUGUCUUCUCUGGGUAUACUGGCUGCCUUAUUGGGAGUUGCAAGCAUCUUUGCAUUCAUUUACAUUCAAAACCACAAGAGGCACUUUUAACGAAGCCGCCGUUGUCUGUAUAUUAUUUUUAAAAUCAAAAACUUUGCUU